ACUGUAUUCAUCCCAUGAACCUCUCAGUCCAUAAAAUAUGUCAUCAUUUGUUUUAAGAAAAGAAAACUAGCCGUUAGGCCUUGUUAGAAUCAGAACCUGUGAACCUCAUUGCACCCCACCUGACACUUCUGUCUAGGGUUCUCUCUCUUUCUCUCUCUCUCCAAUACAAGAUUCCCUCUCUCUCUCUCUCUCUCUCUCUCUCUCUCUCUGGUGACUCUUCACGUGCACCCUCACAGUAACUACCACCCCCUUAGCUUCCUCUCUCACUACAAAACCCUCUCCCAACUUAUCUUGUUCCUGUUUUACUCAUGCCUGCAUAAUACAAACUCCUGUAUCCUCCUCUUUUCUUUGCUUUUUACGAAUACCAUUUUCCGAUUCUCGAACUUCUUAUGGAAAGUGGGGCAGAUUGGCACUGCAUUUCAGAUAAGAAGAAAGAAAAGUGGAAGAUUGAAGAGAGAGUUCCUUCACUUUAUUUGUUGGGGUUUUUGAAAGAACUUCUCUGUACCCAGUUUUUCUUGCUUCUUCCGCUUCUGAUAUGUCUCACUAAGCCUGCCUCAAGCCAAGUUUGGGAUGGUGUAAUUGUGACGGCGGCUGACUAUCAAGCACUUCAAGCGUUCAAACAUGAGUUAGACGAUCCGAGAGGGUUUUUGAGGAGCUGGAAUGAUAGUGGUUAUGGAGCUUGUUCGGGAGGUUGGGAUGGAAUUAAGUGUGCUCAAGGACAGGUCAUUGUAAUCCAGCUUCCAUGGAGAGGAUUGGGUGGCCGAAUCUCUGAAAAGAUCGGCCAACUUCAGGCGCUUCGAAAGCUUAGCCUCCAUGACAAUGUUAUUACAGGUUCAAUCCCUUCGGCACUGGGCUUUAUCCCAAAUCUCAGAGGAGUUCAGCUAUUCAACAAUCGGCUUUCAGGUUCAAUCCCUCCUUCAUUAGGUUCAUGUCCUCUGCUUCAGACCCUUGAUCUUAGUAACAAUUUGCUUGCUAAUAUAAUCCCAGCUACUCUUGCAAACUCUACCAAGCUUUAUAGGCUCAAUCUUAGCUUCAAUUCCUUUUCAGGUUCUAUCCCCGUCAGCCUCACUCGCUCGCCUUCUCUCAAUUUCCUUGCUCUCCAACACAAUAAUCUCUCUGGCUCUAUCCCAGAUUCCUGGGGUGGGGUACUAAAUAAUAACCACUUUCAACUUAGGUCCUUAGAACUUGAUCAUAACUUCUUCUCUGGAAGCAUUCCUGCUUCUUUUAGCGCGUUAAGUGAGCUUGAAGAGAUAUCUCUUAGUAAUAACCGGAUCGGUGGAGCAAUCCCAGCUGAAAUGGGAAGGCUGUCUAGGCUAAGAACACUCGAUUUCUCUAAUAAUGCCCUAAAUGGAAGCUUUCCUUCUAGCUUCGUUAAUCUAUCCUCUCUUGUUCUAUUGAAUCUAGAGAGCAACAACCUUGACACCCAAAUCCCAGUAGCUCUUGACAGAUUGCAUAAUCUCUCUGUUCUAAACUUGAGGAGAAACCAAUUCAGGGGUAACAUUCCCUCAACUAUAGGCAAUAUUUCCACGCUUAUACAACUUGAUUUAUCACAGAAUAAUCUUAGCGGAGAAAUCCCAGCUUCCCUCUCGGAGCUACGAAAUCUCAAGUCUUUCAACGUUUCAUACAAUAAUCUCUCCGGUACCGUGCCCAUGCCUCUCUCUCAAAAGUUUAAUGCAAGCUCUUUUGUGGGGAACAUUCAUCUAUGUGGAUUUAGUGAAUCAAAUCGAUGUCCCUCUCAAGUUGUCCCGGCUCCAUCUCCUGAGACAUCAAAGCCCCGUGGCCGCAAACUAAGUACUAAAGACAUAAUUCUCAUAGCAGCGGGAACCCUCCUCAUAGUUCUGCUCGUUCUAUGUUGCAUACUGCUCUGCUGUUUGAUAAGGAAAAGGGCUGCAUCAAAAGCAAAGGAUGGUCAGACCACAGGAAGGGCUGCCGUGACCCAAAAAGGGGUCCCGCCUGUUGGGGGUGAAGUCGAAGCCAGCGGAGAGGCUGGAGGAAAGCUAGUCCAUUUUGACGGGCCAAUGGUUUUUACAGCUGAUGAUCUUUUAUGCGCAACUGCAGAGAUAAUGGGGAAGAGUACAUAUGGAACUGUCUAUAAAGCUACAUUGGAGGAUGGGAACCAAGUUGCUGUGAAGAGGUUGAGAGAGAAAAUAACUAAAAACCAGAGGGAAUUCGAAGCCGAGGUUGGUGUGCUGGGAAAAAUCCGACACCCAAAUCUUUUGGCUCUCAGAGCUUUUUACUUGGGACCCAAAGGAGAGAAGCUACUUGUUUUUGAUUACAUGCCUAGAGGGAGUCUAGCAACAUUCCUUCAUGCUCGCGGGCCCGACACACCCAUUGAUUGGCCAACAAGGAUGAAAAUAGCGCAGGGAAUGACGCGCGGCCUGUUCUACCUUCACACCCACGAGAACAUUAUACACGGGAACCUUACAUCCAGCAAUGUCCUGCUUGAUGAGCACAACAACGCUAAAAUUGCAGACUUCGGCCUCUCUCGGCUUAUGACAGCUGCUGCCAAUUCUAAUGUGAUUGCUACUGCAGGAGCAUUAGGCUAUCGAGCACCCGAGCUUUCAAAGCUCAAGAAAGCCAACACGAAAACUGAUGUAUACAGUCUCGGGGUUAUAAUACUGGAACUCCUGACCGGAAAGUCUCCUGGCGAGGCAAUGAAUGGUGUGGAUUUGCCUCAGUGGGUUGCCUCUAUCGUGAAAGAGGAGUGGACAAAUGAAGUAUUUGAUUUAGAGUUGAUGAGGGAUGCAUCUACGAUCGGCGAUGAGUUGCUAAACACAUUAAAAUUGGCUUUGCAUUGUGUUGAUCCCUCACCGUCAGCUCGACCAGAGGUUCAGCAGGUUCUCCGGCAACUGGAAGAGAUUAGACCAGAGACAGCGGCCGCUGCUGCUGGUUCUAGUGAUGAUGGAGCUGGAGUCCCUUCAACAAGUGAUUUAGAGGGGUAGCUCAUAAUAAGACUGGUAGUCCACGAUUCUUUCAUUCUUGAACAUUACUUUUUUUUUUUAGUUUAUUGCAUUAGCGUCUGUAAAUAUACGUUUUUUUUUUUUUCUAUUUAUUGGAUGGAGGGUAGGGUCUCUUUUGUCUUGCCAAUUCGAGGGAGGUCUAUUUCGAGUUACCCAAUCAAAACAUAAUUGUAGUUGAAGAAGACUUGGCAAUUGACUGUAGCGUAUUAUGUCCAGCACCUUUUAAAUCA